AUUUUGGAUGAAUACUGGGUAUGGCAAAGGAACCCUGAAGACUUGCAUCUGGAAUACCUGGCCAAUACGCCAGUUUCAGACUGUGAAGCAGAUGAUGAAGACACUGCAGUCUUCAAGCCAGUCUUCUCAAAAGCUACAGAAGAUCAAGUGGCUCUCACUUCUGAAGCAACAGCUGAAGAUUUCCAAACAUUUCCGGAAACCUCACCUGCAUUUCAGGAAACUUCACAUGCUUUUGAAAUGGUUCUGACUGAAGUUGUUCAAGAGAAGGCAACCCCUCCCUCCCAAGAACAGAACCAGGAAACAGCAGAUGAAGAAGAAUUUCAGCCACUAAUCCAAUCUCAAGUUUUGGAGAUUCUCACCACUCCUUGUGAGAUCUCCAAUCCUACUGAAAUUGAGAUCCCGGAAAAGUCAGCUGAAAUUUCGGAACAGUCAGCUCUUCCAGAAACAAUGGAGCAAGUUGUUGAAGCACAAAGGAAUUCUGGAGAAGCUGCAAAAGAAACUCAAAUGGCAGAACUAGAGGUCUCUGAAACUCAAGUAGCCAUCUUUGAAGAACAGAAUACAGCUGAAGAAAGAGACUCCCUCUCUAGGGAUAUAUCAAAUUUUGUGCUUGAAACAGAAGGAGAAUCUGAAAGAACACUGAAGGUUACUGAUGAAGAAGAUGUCCAAGAAGACGCUGAAUCUCUUCCUAUGAAACUCUUCCAAAGAACACCAUCAUCUCAUCAGGUAACCAACUUUCAUUUCCAUAGCUCUUCCACCCCUGCUCUUCCGGAUGAGAUACCGGAAAACUGGACAAAUAAGGUCCAAGGGCUGAUUGAAUCAGCCCUAGCAUCUCAACAUACCUCCUUUAGGCAAGAGAUAGAAAAAAUGGAAGUCAGGCACACCCAGCUAAUAGAGAAAUCUGAAGGAAAACACAGCGCAGACCUCAAAGAAAUAAGCAAAUCAGUGCAGAAGACUCUGGAGAUUAUCUCUCUAUUGAGUGAAGCUGUAAGCAACACGAUGGAAAUUUAUGCCUCUGACAGUCAGCUUCAUCUCAAAGAGAUCAACAAAGUCAAAGAGCAAAUAGCGAGUGUCACAAUUAGUCUCCAAAAACAGAUGUCCCUUCUCCAAAUGGACAU